AAAAAGAGGAAGAUAAAUUGCUUGCAUUUGUAGUCUGCGCUCAUCUGCUUUCAUUUGAGUGUUGAAGAUCAGACUCACUUGAACACGAGAUGUCCAUCAGAAUGGUUCCUCCUCUUCCUCUGAUCUUUCUUCUCAUGAUUCUGGGGGUUUAUAGUGAUGAUUGGAGUGUAAGUUACACGUCUACAUACAUCUGUGCACUAAAGGGGUCAUCAGUGAUAAUGUCCUGCACUUAUAAAUACCCUCCUGGAUAUAAGAUCAAGAAAGUGUUCUGGACCAAAUUUAGCGAAAAGGGUGUAGAGUUUCCAGAUCUGUUUAAUGACCCUGAAUACAGUCAGAGGAUUCAGUAUCUGGGAGAUAAACGGCAGAUCUGCACCAUCAGACUGAAUGAUGUGACACAGAAGGAUUCACACGAGUACUAUUUCAGAUUCAUUACUGAUAAACCCGAUGGAAGAUGGAUUGGUAAACCUGGAGUGACUCUUGAUAUCACAAAUCUUCAUGUGGAGUCUCCUGAGAGCGUGACAGAGGGAGAUACAGUCAGUCUGACAUGUAAAAGCACCUGUAAUCUGACUGACAGAGCAACAUUCAUCUGGUUGAAAAACACACAGUCAUUAACUGAGAGAAACAAUAAACUCCUCCUGCAGUCAGUCAGAAGAGAGGAUGCAGGCAGAUAUAGCUGUGCUGUACAUGGACACAAUCUCACAUCACCUCAUGUUUAUCUCAAUGUUAGAUAUCCUCCAGAGGAUCCUGUAAUCUCCAUCAGUCCAUCUGGUGAAAUAAUAGAGGGUGAUUCAGUGACUCUGACCUGCAGCAGUGAUUCAAACCCACCUGCAGACAUCAGCUGGUUUAAAGAGAAAACAUUUCUUACACAUGGGCAAAUCUACAGCAUCACAAGUAUCCGCUCUGAUCACAGUGGAGAAUACAAGUGCAAGUCCAGAAAUGAAGUUGGAGAGAAAUACUCUGAUGCUGUCACUUUAAAUGUCAUGUACACCCCAAAGACUGUCUCAGUGUCCAUGAGUGGAUCAGGUGAAAUAGUUUUGGGUGAUUCAGUGACUCUGACCUGCAGCAGUGAUUCAAACCCACCUGUUCUGAACUACACCUGGUUUAAGCAGAAUGAAAGCUCAGCUGUUGGAUCUGGACAGAGUUACAGUGCACUACAGAGUGGAUUCUUCUACUGUGUGGCUCAGAAUCAACAUGGAUCUCAGAGAUCAGCUGCUGUAUCAGUGACAGUCCAUCAUAGAUCUGGUUGGCAUGUAGUAUUGGGGAUCACAAUGGGAUGUGGAGGAUUACUCAUCAUCGUCAUCGUGAUCAUCAUUCUGUUUAUUUAUUUUAACAGGAGAAAAAGAAGCAGCGCUAAAGAUGAAGACCUCACAGUUAAACAGGAUGAUCUCUACUCCAAUAUAACAGGGAGAGCUCCAUCCGAUGUUCAUGUUUGUGAAUCGGCUGAUUGUGAUGCUGCUCAGUAUGCCAGUAUUUCACCCAACUGCAGAGAUCAGACUGCAGGAAAAGCUCCUAAAUCCAGAGAUACUGAGGAGAUCCAGUAUGCAACUGUCCAACAUUACAAAAACCAAGAGAUGAAGAAACCAGAAGAGAUUGAAAACCAGUAUGGCAAUAUUAGGGUUCACCAGCCUGAUGCUGCCAUGAGGCGAUCAAAUUCGCAAACUGUAGAAGAUGUCUCAGUGAUCUACAGCAGUGUAAAACAACCCUGUGUUCAUCACUCGGGACUACAGAGCAAAUGAACUUGUUCUUUUGAAUGUGGGUUCUGUUUGGAUGAACAUGAGUUUGUUUCCGGCUUGGGUUAUUUCUCAAUCACACACACACUAUCUUCUGACCAUCAUUUUCUGUCACAUCUCGUUUCUCCCUUCAGCUGAAGGCAAAAAAGUGUUGAUAUUUCACUGAUAAAAGGUGUAUUAACAUAUAGUUUGAUUGAUUUACACUUAAAUGAGGAAUUAUGUCAUAGCUUUGCAUCAAAACAACUGCAUUUUCUAUUCAUUGUGGAGGAUUAACCGUUUUUUCUCAUACUGUGGGGAUGUCAGAAAAAAAACGUAUCUGUAGUCAUAAGUGACAACAUCCAUUCUUACACAAUAGGUCAUGUUUUGAAAUUCUGCAGAACAUGUUUCCAGUGACAGAAUACAAGGGUGGAGACCCAGCUUCAUUAUUUGUUUUAUUUAUACUUGACCAUUCCUGUAAUCUCAAUAGUGCAAUAGUUUUACAAAUGCACAACAAUAAUGCAUGCAGCGGUAAAUGCAGAAAAUUCAAUGCUAUUAAUAUAAUGUACACAAUAUGUAUAAUAAUAUUAUGUAUACAAGUAUGUAUGUAAGAGAAUAAAAGUAUGA